GAACACUUCGGCUCUCUCUCGGUUCGAGUCCCGUAACUCUCCUCCCUUUUCCCCCUCCUCCCGGGAUGUGCUGAUGUGAACGCACGUUGGCUUCUUCUCGUCAGACUCUCGUCCGAGACCUCGCUGAUAUUCAAUCGUGACGGAUCCCGUCCCUCCGCUCCCACUCCUGUUUAAGAUUCCGCAGUUGACAAGACGGUGCUUUGCACGCCGCAGCCGCAUCCUCCAGCCUCUCUUCUUCUUGUGACUUUUUUUUCUCUCUGUGUGUGCACGUAAAAAACGAGGAGUCUGGCUGUUAUUUCCUCUCGGAUUCAAGCAAGUUUGAUCAUACGAGGAGUUUACAAUGACAGCUACCAAGGAGCAGCCGAAUCAGAGGCAGAAUCAGCCGCAGCAGGAUGAGGACCUGGGUGGGGGGAGUCCUCCUCAGAGGAACUGGAAAGGGAUUGCCAUCGCUCUGCUGGUCAUCUUGGUGGUCUGCUCCCUCAUCACCAUGUCAGUCAUCCUCCUCACACCAGCUGACAGCCAAGCUGGGAGUGACACCAAGAUGACUGUGGAGGAUCUUUUCAAACCUGAGUUCAAGGCCCACGACCCCGAGGCCAAAUGGAUCAAUGACUCUGAAGUCAUCUACAGGAACAGCGACGGCCACGUCAUCAAGUUCAACAUCCUCACAAACGAGACAGAGAUCGUCCUGACAAACACAACAUUCGUAAAUUUCAAUGUGGCAAAGUAUUCUGUCUCCCCUGAUCUGAAGUACGUGCUCUUCGCUUAUGAUGUGAAACAGGUUUACCGCCACUCUUACAUGGCCUCCUACAGUAUCUACAAUAUUCACACACGGGAGGUUUGGGAGCUGGACCCUCCUGAGGUGGUGAACUCGGUCCUGCAGUACGCUGCCUGGGGAGUGCAAGGCCAACAACUGAUAUACAUUUUUGAAAACAACAUCUACUACCAGUCAGAUGUGAAGAGUAACUCCCUCAGACUGACCUCCUCCGGGAAGGAAGGGAUCAUCUUCAAUGGGAUCGCUGACUGGCUCUAUGAAGAGGAGAUCCUGAUGACCCAUGUGGCUCACUGGUGGUCUCCUGACGGAGAGAGGUUGGCCUUCCUGGUGCUUAAUGACAGUCUGGUGCCCAACAUGGCUUUACCUCGCUUCACCGGCAUGACAUACCCCAAAGGGAAGCAAUACCCGUACCCUAAGGCUGGCCAACCCAACCCGGCUGUGAAGCUCUAUGUAGUCAAUCUUUACGGGCCGACGCACACGCUGGAGCUCAUGCCUCCAGAGACACUCAAGCUACGUGAACAUUAUGUCACCAUGGUGAAGUGGAUCAGCAAGACCAAGACGGCGGUCAGGUGGCUGAACCGGGCCCAGAACAUCUCCAUCCUGACUGUGUGUGACACCACCACCGGAGCCUGCGUCACGAGACAUGAAGAAAGCUCCGAGCUCUGGCUGUCCAAACAGAACCAAGAGCCGGUGUUCUCCAAAGACGGCAGCAGAUUCUUCCUGACGGUCCCGGUGAAACAGGGAGGACGUGGAGAGUUUCACCACAUCGCCAUGUUCACCACUCAGUUCAGAGCAGAUCAGAAUGAAGUCCGACAUCUAACCUCAGGGAACUGGGAGGUGACCAAGAUCAUCGCCUAUGAUGAGAACACUGAGAACCUGUAUUUUCUCAGCACAGAGGGUUCAGCACGGAGACGGCAGCUCUUCAGCGUUCUGACUGUGGGUCUGUUCCCACGGCGAUGUUUGACAUGCGAGCUAAAUAAAGCUCACUGCCUGUACUUCGAUGCUGACAUCAGCCCCACCAACCAGCACAUCAUCCUCCAGUGUAAAGGUCCUGGAGUGCCGACUGUGAUCCUACACAGCCUCAAUAACUCAAAUUACUACAUCCUUGAGAACAACUCUCUGCUGAAGUCGGCCUUGAAGUACAAAAGGAUCCAGCGGACUGACUUCAGAACAGUUGAGAUGGAACAUUUUGAAUUACCUUUGAAGAUCUCCUAUCCACCAGACUUCUCUGAGUCACGUCACUAUGGACUGCUGUUGGUGAUUGACAGCGCCCCUGGUGGUCAGGCUGUGAGCGACCGCUUCUCUCUCAGCUGGGACUCGGUGCUGGUCAGCUCCGACAGCAUCAUCGUGGCUCGUCUAGACGGCCGGGGCAGCGGCUUCCAGGGUCAGAGGAUCCUGCAUGAGGUCCACCAGAGACUGGGAACUGUUGAUGUUCAGGACCAGAUCGCAGCAGUAGAAUUCAUGAUGAAAUUUCCAUAUAUUGAUCGGACGCGGAUAGCAGUGUUUGGAAAGGGUUACGGAGCGUAUAUAACGUUAAUGAUGCUCAAGUCUACUGACAGCCUCUUCAAAUGUGCAUGUGCAAUGUCACCAGUGACAGACUGGAAACUCUACGCAUCAGCGUUCUCUGAGAGAUACCUUGGCAUGCCAUUACGGGAUGACAGCAGAUAUCAGUUUUCCAGCGUGCUGCAGAACGUGAAAGCACUGAGGGAGCAGACACUGAUGCUGGUGCACGCCACAGCAGAUGCCAACAUCCACUUUCAGCAUACUGCUGAGCUCGUCAAGAACCUGGUGAAAGUUGGAGCAAACUACUCGAUGCAGAUCUACCCAGACGAGGGCCACUUCCUGUCUCAGCAGAGUCGCCAGCACCUCUACGCCACACUGACCAGCUUCUACAGGGAGUGUCUGAAGGAGGAGCUACUACCGCUGCCUGACGACGAAGAAGAAGAGGAGGAGUAGGAGCGAGGCUUCGAGGGUCAGACCUUUGGCAGAGCUUGAAGAAUUUUGCUAAAAUCCGUCAAGGCCUUUCACGUUUGGACCAAGUGUUUAGCCGGACAUGGACACUGGGUUAAAGCUGCUAAUGCUCUUAAAGUGUGUGUGUGUGUGUGAGUGUGUGUGUGUGCGUGUGUGUGUGUGCGUGUGUGUGUGUGUGUGUGAGCGCUCCAGUGUGUGCCAGUGUAUAAAUGUGUUGAAAAGAUAACAGAAGGACACAACAGUGACACUUGCAUUGCCGGGACUUGAGGCGGGGAACUGCCCUCUAACAUAAAGUCAUUUCAGUUUUGGGGACGCUUCGUUUCUUGGCAAAGCGGAAACGGAAAAGACGGACUCCAUCUUUUUGCGGGCUCUCCGGGGCCGUACUCAUCCACAAAGUGCAUGGUUCUUUUUUCCCUCGCGUCUUCACUCAUUUCGCCAUGUUAGUCUCCUUCGUGGUAGUACUUGGGGAAAGAAAAGAACACAGAUGUACACUUUUGAUCUCACCUCUCCUUUGGUUGUUGUAUUGUUGCACAAGGAAAUGCUCCAGAAAAUGUUUAGUCACGCAAGUUCACCACGACAGAGCCGAUCCUGAAUAAGUGCUACUUCCUGCUGAAACCCUUCGCCAUCGCCCCACCCUAAAUGAAAACAGUCUUUGUAGGUCACACUUUAUUGUACAGGGGUCUUGUGUAGACAUGUACAAUGCCUUAUGAGGUUCAACAUACUGUAAAAUUACUUGCUGGCAGUGGUAGUCAUCCAUUAGCAGUGUCAUGUUAACCUAUGUCAACUCAGGUCCUCGAGACACAGCAGUGCAGUCAGUUUAAUAUCACAUUAUAUCAGCUGUAUGGUCAUGAAUAAGUAAUGGUAUAUGAUGGAUAUUGGCCAUACAGUAAUUCCAGUUUCAGGCCACACUGCAACUUCUCCAUCUUAAUAUGUCAUUAAAUCUUGUUUUAUUAAAAUCUCUAAAAAGAUGAUUUUUCUCAGCGUGGCUCCACCAGAUUCUUGAAAUCAAGAGAUAUAUUAGUCCCUAUUUCUGGAUUUUCUCUUAUUCCAAGAAAAGAAACUGCAGUGGAUAUUAGUGGGUGUACUAAGAUGGACAAUUUUACAGUGUCAGUAAGGUGUUUGCAUGUCUACAGGGAAUGUGUCAAGUGUUGUCACAUUUUGUACAGUACAAUACAGCAGAGUGUGUACAUAAAUAUAUUUUUGAGAUGUCACAUCUCAUAGAUAGUUUAGUCUAUGGGGAUGGAUUGAUUUGACCUGGAUGUCUUGUACCUUUCUUUCUGUUUUCCUUUCAGCUGUUGAUUUUCUUCUUAGGAUGGAUUUUGUAAUGCUUGUUCUUGUUCUUUUUGCUGUUUUAAAAGGGGGAAGGGCAGGGUUGAGCUUUUGGGGUUAUUGUGAUUGUCCUCUAGUGAUGAUUAUAAAUAAAAAAGGCUAUGAAAAACA